AUGUCCUGCAGUCAGCAGCGGCCCCUGAAACAGUCCCUGGGAAGCUCUCUGUGUCGCGAGUCGCACUGGAAGUGCCUGCUCCUCACGCUGCUCAUUCAUGCCUGUGGAGCCGUCGUGGCCUGGUGUCGCCUGGCCACGGUACCACGGCUAGUCCUGGGGCCCGAGGCAGCCCUGGCCCGUGGGGCGGGGGGCCCACCGCCCACCUACCCGGCCAGCCCCUGCUCCGAUGGCUACUUGUACAUCCCGCUGGCCUUCGUCUCCCUCCUCUACCUCCUCUACCUGGCGGAGUGCUGGCACUGUCAUGUGCGGUCCUGCCAGGCGCCACGCACCGACGCCAACACCGUGCUGGCCCUGAUCCGCCGGCUGCAGCAGGCGCCACCCUGCGUCUGGUGGAAGGCCACCAGCUACCACUACGUGCGUCGCACACGCCAGAUCACCCGCUACCGCAACGGGGACGCCUACACCACCACGCAGGUGUAUCACGAGAGGGCGGACAGCCGCACGGCCCGGGGCGAGUUUGACUACUCGGCCCACGGGGUCCGCGACGUGUCCAAGGAGCUGGUGGGCCUGGCGGAGCACGCGGCCACGCGCCUGCGGUUCACCAAGUGUUUCAGCUUCGGCAGCGCAGAGGCCGAGGCCUCGUACCUCACCCAGCGGGCCCGCUUCUUCAGCGCCAACGAGGGCCUGGACGACUACCUGGAGGCCCGCGAGGGCAUGCACCUGAAGGAUGUGGACUUCCGGGAGUCCCUGAUGGUCUUCGCUGACCCCCGCAGCCCGCCCUGGUACGCCCGCGCCUGGGUCUUCUGGCUGGUGUCCGCGGCCACGCUGUCGUGGCCACUGCGCGUGGUGGCGGCCUACGGCACAGCCCACGUGCACUACCAGGUGGAGAAGCUCUUCGGGGCCAGCUCGCCCCCGCCCGGGGCCGUGCCCAGCGGGCCCCCCGGAGAGGACACGGAGCCCCUGGAGAGCCCGCCCUGCUACGAGGACGCCCUCUACUUCCCGGUGCUCAUUGUUCACGGGGACAGCGGCUGCCAGGGGGACGGGCAGGGGGCGCUCUGAGACGCCCCCCGUGGCCCCCUGAGCGGCCCCCGCCCCGCCAUCCCACCGUGGGCCUAGAUGCCUGAUGGUCCAAAAUGGGGGAAAACAGAAUGGCCACACACAGGGGUGGGGGUAGGGGGCCCCUAAGCAGAUGAAAAUGCAAUGGCCCGUGGUCAUUUUACGUUGAAUCUGUGAACCACCCCAGCAUGGCUUCCCCCAACCGUGUGCCAACCCCUGAGAUGAUGGGUGCUCUGGCUCGAGGGCCCCUCACACUGGGCAGGGGAGGAAGCUUCCAGAAAGCCUGAGACGGGGGCGGAGUCCUGGGGCUGUCUGUGGGCUCUUCCCUGCUGGUACUGAGGCCACCUGGGAGCCCUCCAGCAACCCAGAAGCACAAAUUGGCGACUUGGGGCCCUGCGCAGCUGGGUGAGCCUUGGCCCCACUCCCCGCCCGCCCAGUGUUCCCGUUCUCCUCCCCUGGUCCUCCCUGCUGUCCUCUUGUCUCCACUCAGGGCCAGUCCCUGAUCGGAGCCAGCAGUGCGGGCCCCUUGGCUGGGAGCCUGGUUCUCAGAGCACAGCCUUGCCCCCCCAAUGUUUCCCCUGGUGCCCACUGCACCCUCCCUCACAUCCGGCGCCCCUUACCACCUGAGCUUCCUUCUCACGGCCCCGCCAUGGCCCGCACACACCCCGGUCUCUGCCCUGCCUCCCGAAGUCCACGUCUGCCUCGGUCAGCCGCAUACCCCCACCCCCGGGACGUCCUCUCAUUGCCCCCUGGACUUCUCUGUGCCUCACUUUCCUGAUGAUCCUUGGGACCCAGGGCCACAGGGCAUCCGAGGGGCCCUGACCUCGGCACAGCCUUUUGGACGAUGCCCUCACCCCGCCAUGGAGGCUUCCUUCAUCAGUGGGGCCUGGCCCAGGGGACACUAUCCCUCCAGGGAGGAGAGAUUAGUCCCUUCCCUCCCAACUGGGGCCUCCACCUCCUCUCAGGGGCUGGCGGGGGAGGGAGGAGGCAGAGAAGAUGCAGAUUAAAUAAAGGUAUGAAACGGAA